AUGGAUCCCUUGUCAGUGACCUCUGCGGUCGUUGGGAUCGUCGGUUUCUUCUUUCAAUUGGCCAAGACAGCAUCCAAGGUGAAGACGGCCGUGGAGGAAGUGAAGUCGGCCCCAAAGGAGGCCAGGAAGCUUGUUGAACGGUUGACGAAGCUGCAGACCUUGGGCCUACUCAUUGGCGGGCACCUGGAGCGGAGAGCGAGCAUGCCAAACUGCUCAUCGUCGCCUUCCCUGGACAUCCUGUCAACGAGUCUAGCCCAGUGUUUGGCCAAGACACAAGAGCUUGAGCAAAUUCUUUCGAAGCUUCUGAUCCCGCAAUCCAAGUUCAGCACGAGCUCUCGCCUCAGGCUUGUGCUUCGCAAGGAAAAGCUCAACUCCCUGGUCCAAGAGAUUAACAGCGCCAUCUCAGACCUCGAGCUUUUCAUACUAGUAGAUAUGUGCAAUAUGAAUGAACUCGAGCCUCAGGAAACCCCGGUUAUGGCGUUAGAGGACUCGGCACCUCACCAAUACCAUAUGGCCCAGGAGAUCCGCCGAACUCCAAGAAAGCGGAAUCGCACAUUCAGAUACCUGGGUGGUAUCACCUGGGUCACAUCUGAUACUUGGAACGGAGGCGAUGAGAGUGAUGGCGAUAACCAUAUAGCCCACAGAGAAGGACGCAUCACCUUUCGACUGCCAUACACGUCGAAGGAGCUCACCAUUUACUACGCUCAUGGCAUGGGGACUCCAUCAUACGCACUCAAUGUGGUCCAUAUCAUUGAGUUGAAUUCCAAGCUAGGCCUCCGGCUUUGGCAGCUAAUGACGCACGGGAGUGACGUGGACAAGCUCCAUAAACUGAUCUCGAAGCGAAAGCUGUCACUAUACAGCAUUUUGAGGCAUUCUGAUCGGGAUUUGAACCUUUUUUUUCUGGCGGUGUCCGCGAAAUGGGCCAACGGGUGCAGAUAUCUGUUGCAACAUGACUUUCGUCACGAAUUUGAGCAAGGAACCCCAUGCAUGCUGGAAACGGACGUGCUGUAUCUACUGGAUAACGGUACUGAACCCGAAUACUUCACCCGAUAUUUGAACGUGUUCAUGAAAUCCCUCGGAAACAAUCACGUUAAGUUCCUUCGUUGCGCCUGGAAGCGUCUCGUGGAGAACAUGUUCAACUAUGGCGUUGUUUCCGACUGGAUCCCGGCUGCUCGCUACCUGAUUGAUCAAGCCGAGCAGAUCACCCUUGUGAAGCUGACGACAGAUCGCAUUCUUGGUUAA